ACGGCGCGCUCGGGCUUGAGGGAGCACUUCCUCGCCGCCGGCUACGCAGAGGGGACCGUCCGCGGCGCGGCGAGCGGCCAGGACGACGGGAGGCGGCUCGGCUGCGACCGUGGGCGCGAGGUGGGGCGAGAGCUCGGCCGAUUCCGCGGGGGGCAGGGGACGGGUCGAUGGCAUACUAGGGGGGGCAGGGUAGUGGGCGGCGAUCGCCGCAUACCGUCCUAUGGCGGCGAGUAUCGCUACGCCAGGGAGGACAAGGACGUCGACGUGCGGCUGCUGCUGUUCGAGUCGUUCGGUGGGUUUGGGAAGGGGGUCGGCGAGAUCCUCUGGGAGGCGGCGAACGUGCUGCAGAACAAGCUGACGCGGGCCCAGUACUUCGAUGAGGUGACUUGGACCACCAAGAGCUGGCUGGGGCUGCAGAAGCAGCGCAUCUCAGUCGUUCUUCACACGGCCAUCGAUCGCAGAGCAGAUUGUGAAUGA